AUGUUGGCCCUUGUUCUGCUCAUACUGCUGAGCCGCGACGGGCAAGUGGCCUCGUCGCUGGACGAUGGCCAGUUCGCCUACCAAGGUUUCGUCGGUGUUAACCUCACGCUGGACGGCAUGGCCACCGUCAUGCCCAACGGCCUCCUCGGGCUCACCAACUCCACGCAGCAGACGAAAGCCCACGCGUUCCACUCCACCCCACUCCACUUCCUCCACAAGCCGACGCCGCCGACGAACACCACCGCCGUGCCGCGCUCCUUCUCCACGUCCUUCGUGUUCGCCAUCGUGUCAAGAUACGAUGGCGUCAGCGACCACGGGCUCGCCUUCGUCGUCUCCCCGACCACAAAUUUCACGGCAGCAAACGGCGGGCAAUACCUGGGCCUCCUCAACGCGACAAACGGCCCGGUGAGCAGCCCCAUCUUGGCGGUGGAGCUUGACACCAUCCUGAGCCCCGAGUUCCGCGACAUCAACAGCAACCACGUCGGCAUCGACGUCAAUAGCCUCAUCUCGCAGCAGGCCCAGCCGGCUGGCUACAACGACGAUGACCACGGCGGCGCCUUCCGAGACCUGAAGCUAGAUAGCGGCAAGCCCAUGCAGGUGUGGGUGGACUACGACGGCCAGUCCAAGCAACUCAAGGUGACUUUGGCUCCCGUGCAAGUGCCCAAGCCUAGGAAUCCUCUCCUCUCCCAAGCCAUCGAUCUCUCCACGCUCAUGCCAGAUGCGAUGUACGUCGGCUUCUCGACGUCGAUAUAUGCCGGCUUCUCGUCGUCGUCGGGAGUUGUCCUGGCACACCACUACGUGCUCGGAUGGAGCUUCAGCUUGGACGGACCUGCCCCGCCGCUUGACUUGUCCAAGCUUCCUGCCUUGCCACGCGUGGGAGCCAAGCCUCGGUCCAAGGUCCUGGAUGUUGUGUUGCCGCUCACCACCGCGUUGCUCGUGGCUGCAGUGCUAGCUGUGGUCUUCUUCUCUGUGUGGAGUCGGCGCCGGUUUGCCGAGGUACGCGAAGACUGGGAAGACGAGUUUGGUCCCCAUCGUUUUGCGUACAAGGACCUGCAUCGUGCCACGGAUGGGUUCACGGAGCGGAAUUUACUUGGCGUCGGAGGAUUUGGGAGGGUAUAUAAAGGGGUGCUUUCUGCAUCCAAUUCGGAGAUCGCGGUGAAGAGGGUGUCACAUGAUUCAAGGCAAGGAAUACGGGAGUUCAUAGCUGAGGUGGUGAGCAUUGGCCGUCUUCGACACCGGAAUCUUGCGCAGCUGCUGGGCUACUGCCGGCGCAAGGACCAGCUUCUCUUGGUUUAUGACUACAUGCCAAAUGGCAGUCUUGACAAGUAUUUGCACCAUCCACGUAUGCCAGCAAUAUUCUGGCCCCAAAGGUACUGGAUCAUCAAAGGUGUUGCAUCAGGCCUAUUGUAUCUUCACGAGGAUUGGGAAAAAGUUGUGAUUCAUAGGGAUAUAAAGGCAAGCAAUGUGCUCUUGGAUGAACAAUUGAAUGGGUGUCUGGGAGAUUUUGGCCUAGCAAAAUUAUAUGACCAUGGAACUGAUGCUCAAACAACCCAUGUUGUUGGCACCAGGGGAUACCUCGCACCAGAGCUUGUGCGCACCGGGAAGGCAACGCCCUUAACCGAUGUAUUCGCAUUCGGUAUGUUCCUUCUAGAGGUUGCAUGUGGACGAAGGCCAAUCCAGCAUGACGAGCACAACUCAGUGGUGUUGGUUGAUUGGGUGCGUGAGUGCUGCCGCAAUGGAUCGAUCCUCGAGGUGAUGGAUCCGCGACUGACAGGAAAGUUUGACAUAGAGGAGAUUACCCUCGUACUGCAACUUGGGUUGUUGUGCUCGCACCCAUUACCUAAUGCGAGACCUAGCAUGCGGAAGGUCAUGCAAUGUCUAGACUGCGGUAAAUGCGUCCCGGACUUGUCGUCGACUUUCGCGCUAAUGCAAACCGAAGGCUCCGAUCUGCACGUCAUGUCGUUCUCUCUGUCGGAGACUAGCACUAGUGUUGUGUCUUGUGGGUCUUCAGUGACGGUUCUAGCUGAGGGCAGAUGA